CUACCAAAAAAGAAAAAUGUCAAAAAUCGUUAGCCAAUCAACAUCAACAUCUCCCACAUUUUCUUCUUCUUCCAAGACAACUAGUAACCCUUCAAUCAACAAAUUUAAUUUUUACCACCCUUCAACUUUACUUUUUUGUUUCCUUUUUAUCUUCACAUUUUCAAUCUCUUCUAUUCAAGCAUAUCCUGCCUUUUAUAUGCAGGCAAUCCCCCGAAAAUCACAAUUUAAUAUGGAAGCUCCUUUAUUGCACCAUGCUGCCCAGAAGAGAGCUUUUGAUCGGUUGGAUGUUUCUCCAUUCGAUUUUGAUGCAAUGACUAAACGAUUUAAUGAUGAUGAACUUUCAUCCUUGCCGUUCAAUUUUGACUACUUUCCAUCAUUGGAUACACACAAACGAGCUUUUGACCGACUUGAAGAUAGUGGAUUUUUUGGUCUAAGGAAGAGAGCAUUCGACCGACUUGAUAAUUCAUUCAUGCUUUUAAAGAAAUCUUCAGCUUGA